GGGGUCGACUAUGAGAUCAGAGCUUUCUGUGCCAAAUCCUUGGAGGAAAAGAUUCACAAGAGGAACUCGGUGCGCCUGGUGAUCAGGAAAGUCCAGUUUGCCCCCGAGACCUCCGGGCCACAGCCCACAGCUGAGACCACCCGGCACUUCCUCAUGUCUGACCGGUCCCUGCACCUGGAGGCCUCGCUGGACAAGGAGCUGUACUACCACGGGGAGCCCAUCAGUGUUAACGUCCACGUCACCAACAACUCCAGCAAGAGCGUGAAGAAGGUCAAGGUCUCCGUGCGGCAGUAUGCCGAUAUCUGCCUCUUCAGCACAGCCCAGUACAAGUGCCCUGUGGCCCAGGUUGGGCAGGAGGACCAGGUGGCCCCGAGCUCGACCUUCUGCAAGGUUUACACCCUGACGCCGCUGCUCAGCGCCAACCGGGAGAAGCGUGGGCUGGCGCUGGAUGGGAAGCUCAAGCACGAGGACACCAACCUCGCCUCCAGCACCAUCGUCCGGGAGGGGGCCAACAAAGAGGUCCUCGGCAUCCUGGUGUCCUACCGCGUCAAGGUCAAGCUGGUGGUCUCCCGGGGUGGGGACGUCUCCGUGGAGCUGCCCUUUGUCCUGAUGCACCCCAAGCCCCUGGAGCAGAACGCCCCCCUGCGGCCCGUCUCAGUUGCCCCCAAGACGGACACACCGGUGGACGCCAACCUCAUUGAGUUUGAGCCCAACAUGGGCACCGAUGACGACAUAGUCUUCGAGGACUUUGCCCGCCUCCGGCUUAAGGGGAUGAAGGAUGACGAGGAAGAGGUUUUCUAGCUCCGCCCACCUGGGGGGGUCCGGCCUCUUCCCCCCACUCUUGCUGGGGGGGGGGUGGUCAGACUCAAACGUCCGUCCAUGCUCUAUGAGGCUUACCGGUUGUCCCCACUUGUCUUACUGCUGUAAAGGGGGGGUCCUCUGCUUCUACCCCCCAUCAGGACCCUGGGGGUGGGGGGCUAUGAACUGUGAUGGGACCCCCUGCACCCCCGUGGGUAUUACCCUAUCUAAGCUCCUCCCCCUUGUUUAUAUGUAUAUUAAUUUUUAAGGCUGUUUUAAUUGCUGGGGGCGGGGGUCUACUAGUCUCAGAAACCUGCUGUUUGCUGGGGGGGCAUGGGUGUCUAACCCUGUGGGGGGAGAUGAGUACCCCCCCCUCCUGCCCCUGGGGGGAAGGGGGGUAGGUUUGUUCUAAGUCCCAGGGAAAGUGAAAUAAAACUUGAUUUGUGCUGGA